CAGGAGCAGUUUCUAGUCCAGGGGAGGGAUGAGGAGGAGGAGGAAGGAGGAGAGGGGCCGGUUUAGGCCUCAGGGAGCCACUUUCUCCCUCGCCUUCGGGGCCUGAGGAGGAGUUGGGAUUCGGGGCUCCUUGUGGCGACUCCCAGACCCAGGAGAGGCGGGAUCCCGAAACCAUGGCAAUGACUGGUCCAGCACCUUGCUCAUCUAUGAGCAACCAUACCAAGGAGCGAGUUACAAUGACAAAAGUGACGUUAGAAAAUUUCUACAGUAAUCUGAUUGCACAACAUGAAGAAAGGGAAAUGAGACAAAAGAAGCUAGAAAAGGUGAUGGAAGAAGAGGGCUUAAAAGAUGAAGAGAAAAGAAUGAGAAGGUCAGCACAUGCCCGAAAGGAAACAGAGUUUCUGCGCCUAAAAAGGACAAGACUUGGAUUGGAAGAUUUUGAGUCUUUAAAAGUAAUAGGCAGAGGAGCAUUUGGAGAGGUGCGGCUUGUUCAGAAAAAAGACACAGGGCACGUAUAUGCAAUGAAAAUCUUGCGUAAAGCAGACAUGCUUGAAAAAGAGCAGGUUGGCCAUAUUCGAGCAGAACGUGAUAUUCUAGUGGAGGCAGACAGUUUGUGGGUCGUAAAAAUGUUCUAUAGCUUUCAAGAUAAGCUAAACCUCUAUCUAAUUAUGGAGUUCUUGCCUGGAGGAGAUAUGAUGACAUUACUGAUGAAAAAAGAUACUUUAACAGAAGAAGAGACUCAGUUUUAUAUAGCAGAGACUGUGCUAGCUAUUGAUUCAAUUCACCAGCUGGGUUUUAUUCAUCGUGAUAUCAAGCCAGAUAAUCUUCUUUUGGACAGUAAGGGCCACGUGAAGCUAUCAGAUUUUGGUCUCUGCACUGGACUAAAGAAAGCACAUAGAACAGAGUUCUAUAGAAACCUGAGCCACAAUCUUCCUAGUGACUUUACUUUUCAGAAUAUGAACUCUAAAAGGAAAGCAGAAACUUGGAAAAGAAACAGGCGGCAAUUGGCCUUCUCUACUGUGGGAACUCCAGAUUAUAUUGCCCCUGAAGUCUUCAUGCAGACAGGCUACAAUAAACUUUGUGACUGGUGGUCACUUGGGGUCAUCAUGUAUGAGAUGCUGAUUGGUUACCCACCUUUCUGUUCAGAGACACCACAAGAAACAUACAAGAAAGUGAUGAAUUGGAAGGAGACACUAAUAUUCCCUCCAGAGGUUCCAAUCUCUGAGAGAGCCAAAGAUCUUAUUCUAAGGUUUUGCUGUGAAUGGGAACAUCGAAUUGGUGCUCCAGGUGUUGAGGAAAUUAAAACAAACCCCUUUUUUGAAGGAGUUGACUGGGAGCAUAUCAGAGAGAGACCAGCUGCAAUACCUAUAGAAAUCAAAAGUAUUGAUGAUACAUCAAAUUUUGAUGAAUUCCCAGAAUCGGAUAUUCUUAAACCAGCAGUGACCACAAGUAACCAUCCAGAGACAGACUACAAGAAUAAAGAUUGGGUCUUUAUCAAUUAUACAUACAAGCGUUUUGAAGGCCUGACCGCUCGAGGGGCAAUACCAUCCUACAUGAAAGCUGGAAAGUAGUGACUCACAGUAGAACUUCUGGGCCUUCAUUUUAGUUUGUCAACAUGUUUUCUUCUUCUGCACUUCAAAGCUUAAUCUGAGUGCUGUGAACUCUUCAGAAGAAUGCUGGAUACCAUAAUAUACACUGUGUUUACAUUACAGUGGAUUUAUCUAUGGAAAAUUUCCACAUACUUGUUGUCUGCCUUUAUUGCAGAUUAUAUGUCUUCUGGCUUCAGUUAAAAUUCUUAAGACUGUUACUUCAACAAGAGGGAAGAGAGAAUUAGCUUCUAUUUAGUAACACCACAAAGCAUAACAUUACUUUAUUUUUCCUGUGUGUUCUGUCUUAUGAGUGCUUUGUGAAAGUACAGCACUCUUCUAAGGGCUAUGGUAUUAUAGAAGAAACAGAGCAAUAACUAGUAGGUAGUCAAAACUCCCAGCAACUUAUCCCACAGGUAGGCAAAUCCUAUAUAUUGCCUUAAAGAUCACUGUAGUGUUUUAUACUUUGUUCAAAAGCUUUUUGGAUAUAGCAUCUGUACAACCCAAUGAUAGCCUCAAAACCUGCUGCACUUUACUGUUAUUACUAAAAUAGUGAACUUAAAAUAUUAAGCUUUCCCUUACAGAUUUGUGGAACAUUAUUCUUUUUAUAGGCAAUGUCAAGAGGUAAUUUCUUGGAAAAGUUGUUCUAUGUAAUUAUCUUUCUGCAGAGAAACAGAUCACUGAUAACAACUGUAUAAGCUCACCGUAGUUAAUACUGUAAGGAGGCCUUUUGUAAAGUUUUGACAGUAACAAGGGGAAUAGGACUUCCUCUCUCUCCUCCCUGACUUCCAAAUUUAACUAAUCAGAGCUAGAAAGUUACUACAAGCAGCAAAUGGUAAUGUGUAAGGUUUUAACUAGUAGGAUAUGAUACUUGGAGCAUCAUGCUUCUGAAGCAUGGGAGGCUGAGAGAUAGCUCUUAAGUGCCUUUAUGAUACUACCUGUAGAGAACUCCUAUGGUAAUGAACCUGAUUGUUUAAACUUUCUGUGUGGUGUAAGUCCACGCUGCAGACUCUUGUUUCUUGAGUGGCUUGAUACUACCUUAGAGUCAUUCUGACUAUCCAUCUGAAUCCCUGCCUUUUACGUUUCUGCGUAAUAAUACCAUACUGCCAUUGUUGAGUAUUCAUUCACUUGCUGUCCUAUGAAAGUAACCAUCUUUGAACUAUACAUUAUGACUUAUUUCAGAUGAUAAGCUCCAUACAAAAGUGUUGGUUGUGUAGGAGGAAAUCUAGUUCUUGUAAAAGCUCAACAAGGAAACCGUAGGAUGAGGUCUAAAAUGGUUUGGGCACUUUUCACAUACAUCAGUGAUCAGUUUAUCAGGUGAUUUUAUUUUAAAAAAGAAGUUUUCCUUUAGUAAGAUACUGUGGCAGUUUUAUUGUUAUGCAACUAGGCUAAAAGCCACAUAAAUUCUUAGUUCUUAGGUCAGAUUUGGGGACUAGGAGACGUUGGUCAAAGAUCAUCGUAUCCUCUGCCUUUAGAAAAUUGGUGAAGCUUGGAAUGAUAAUACAAUUACAGAUACCUCAGUCAUUCUUACAGAACAUAGAUUUUUUUAUUCUAAUUCAUUUCUGUCCUCAUCCUUUCGAGUUCAUGGGGUAAUUUCCCCAGAAUGUUAAAUAUUAGUAAAGAAUGACAUAUUUGUAAGUACUGCUUUUCAUGCAUCCCCUAAAUGGUCUUAUAUGCAAGUCUAACAUAUGUCCCCUAUCUUUUUCUUCAUCAUUAUUACUAUGCCAUCAUUUUGUGUUGUCUAUCUAGAUACUUCUCUGAUCCUGAGAGCUAUGACUUAACCUGUUUUCUAGAUGCAGAACUAGAUAGAAGCUUCAGUGCAAAAGAUAAUAAUUUUGCAUAUAGCCUUUGUCCAAAAAUGUAUUUAGAAAAAGGGAAUUAACUCUUGGUCCUCCUUACACCACCUUUUGUGCCUAGUUUGCAGUUUUUACUGUGUUCCAUUGACGUGUCCCAUCCUUGGUGGGACUAGAGUUUUGCUUACUUGCUAGAUAAUGAUGGGUUUAAAGUUACAUUUCUGGUGCUUGCUGAAAUAUGUAGCAUUCAUAACUGGUGCAUUUUUAAAGCCUUAAAAAUGUAGAAGACAAGGUUACCUAGAGAACAAACCAGUCAAUAACUUGCACAAAAGGGAAGAAAACAUUGUUGCAUUUCUCUUUAAUGUUGUGUUCUGCAUUAUGAUGAUAUAGCAAAGCAUUUCUGUGCCACAGUAUGACAACUCUUGAGUGCAAGUACUGUAUGUCAUGAGUAAAUUGGAUUAUAGUACGAAGUGUGACUGCCUUGUACUGUUGGGAAUUUUUUAAAAAUCUACUUAGUGUGUUGUAGUGUAGAAUGAAUGGACCACACGGUUACAUACAAGUCUAGUCUUGCGUCCUUUAGUCUCAGCAUCAGCCACAAUCAUAUUUGAUUUGCCUGAUAUCACCAAGUAUUCUUGAUUGACCUGAGUGUAAGUUACUCACAAAUAAGGACAUUAUGCAUUUACAAACUUAUAGAAAUUAGAUGUACACAGCAGCUUGAAACUUAAAGUCUGAUCUGAUUUUCUUUUGUAGAACUGUGCCCCCACAUGCAAGCAUUAUAAUUUGAAUUUUUGUGGCUUUUUUAGAACACCAAAUAAGGGGUGUUUACCAGACAGACCAUAUAUUUGCAGCUGUGGUGUUGAUGCUCUCUUAACCACAGUUAAGGGAGUAGUCCACAUGUCUACAAUAAUUUUUCUCCGUCCUUUCUUAACUAUAGUUAAACAUUAGGUUGAUAGUGCCAUUACGGUAAACUAAAUUUCUAUUUCAACUUUGAUUUGAAAUCAUUACCUAAAUUUGAGUUAAAGCAGGAACUCUGAUAAACUUUAAGUGUCAGUGUUAAUGCUUAACCACAUUUCAGGCAGGUGGGCAGAAUCCAUGGUUGGUUCCCAAACGUCUAUUUGUUUUUUCUAUUAUCUUGCCCUAGCCCAGUAAAUUAUGUCAGGAAAGGUCACUGUUUUUCAAGGAUGACGCACCUCAUUUUAUGAAAGCAAUAUCAGCACUAAUAGUCAAACAAUUAUCCAGGAUAUUGGUUAUGCAAGUAUAUAUGUUCUGCUAUGCUCUAUUAAGUCAAUCAGGUAUCUUUGCAAUAUAGCCCCUAAAAGCUGCAAAUGGAUCCAAAUUGCAUAGGAGGAAAUAAAUUUUCCUUACUCAUAUUAAUGUAAGUAAUGCUGCUGGUCAUGUGUCAUUCCUAGCAGAGUAUUGCACUUUUAGAUACAGAUUAUGUGCCUGAGGUCUGCCUUACUUUGGCAGGUGAAAAUUGACUUUUUAAAAUCUGAAUGCAGCUGGUUACUAAUGGAGUGUAAAACUUGGUGUACUUUGUAUGUGAUUCUUUGAUUUUUGUGUAAAGACCAACUCAUUAUGGAACAAUCUUUGCAUUCUGACAAUUUAAAAUUUCUUUUCAAUAAAUGUAGUUUUGCUAA